UGCUAGUCCUUUACUUUUUACAAGACAAUUUUUCUUUUCUCAAAAAUUACUCCAUAUUUUCAUAGAUCGACUACAAUAAAAUAGACAAACAGUCUAACAAAAUUCACUUAAUCACAUCAGUUGGAUACUGAAUUAAUAAAAUAAUCCUCAAGCGGACCAAGUAAAAAUCUGCUCCGGAACACUUCAAAGGCAACACUUUGCCGAUAAGAAAAAAUUCCACGGUCAAUUGGUUUCUAUUUAGAGGCAGCGUUAAAUUUGGAAUGAUCGGAAGAUCACUCAGUUCCUCUUAGUAGCCAGCUCUGGUACCAGCACAAAAUACAUCUUAAUUCAACAAAUUUAUUAAUUAUUAAUUAUCAUUCAAUACCAAUGGUAGUGACAGUGCAGUGUUGGUUGGUAACAAUUACCGGACUCCUGGCAUUGUUCCUCUGGAGGUCCUGGCCUGUUUUUGACCAGUCCAGUUUCAGUGCAAAAGUCACGAAAGCCUCCAUCCAAGUGGACAUUUCAGUGGCACAAAUUCCUCCCUUGAGUUCAAGAUUCAACGUAUCAUCGCGCUUUCGCAGUAAAAAAUUCCGCGGGCCUGUUUCUAAAUACAUGCUAGAGCUUUACCACCGAAGACCUAGUGCAGACAUAGUGCGAGCUCUUCAACCUCUCCAUGUAUCUGCGCCGGUGGACAAUUUUCCACUUUUUCGGGGAAGAAUUCUUGAGUUUCGGCUUCCACCUGCUAAUCCUGCAGAAAAUCUCGAAGCUGCAGAAUUAUUGGGCACUGCGGGGAUGAUUCUGAGAGUGAUGAUGCUCAACAAUCAUAUCGAGGACACACGGUUUCGAGGAUCACGAAAAGAAGAAACCUGGAGAGCAUUCAACGUUACGGACGCAGUAAAGAUGACAUCAGGAGGAUCACUGAGAUUCUUGGUCCGUGGUAGAAUUCGCGGAAGGAAGAUCAUGGAGAGCUACAGUCCGAUUCUUGUGCUAAGUUACACCAAGCCGUCCAAAAACAGAAAGCGUCGAUCGGUGGAAAAAGAAGAGGAUAGUCCAGUGGUGUGGUCAGACAACAGACGUCGGCGGAGGAACCCCUGCAGAAGACGUCCCCUGUACGUAAAUUUCGCGUCGAUCAACUACGAUGAGUGGAUCGUCGCUCCACCGGGGUACGACGCUUAUCAGUGUGUAGGAAAGUGUCUGUUCCCCUUUGGGGAUCAUCUCAGUCCAACGAAACAUGCGAUUGUCCAGGCUCUGGUGUCGGGAGCGGUUCAGGGUGUGGAUGGCUCGAAACCUGUUGGACGUGUCUGCUGCGUUCCGACGCGAUUGGCGCCUACUAGUCUGCUUUAUCUAGACGCCAGUGGAACGCUCACUUAUCAGUAUGGGUAUGAAGACAUGGUUGUUGUGGAAUGCGGGUGCCGAUGAACUCAUUACCCUAUCAAAAAAAAAUCCAUAUGGGAAAUCAGCUUGGAUUCCCAGAUGGCGUUUUUGGAUAGAUUCCCAUAUGGUUUCCUA